UUCCUUAACCCAGUUUGUGUGUGUUUUGUUUUAUUAUGAAAACCUUGACACCGGAUUAAUAUUUAACAGGCCGCCUUGUAUGUCCGUGUGCCCUGACAGACUCCCAGCAGUGUUCUGCCUCCACUGAUCCCGUCAACAUGCUCAGCCACACGUUCUGCAGCCCUAUGCAAUCCAGUGCACUUGGUUUUGCCCAACUGCUAACAAAUUUGCUGCUGCGAUCAACUCUGAAUUUGUGUAGCAUAGGCCAGAGUGGAACCUGUGACGUGGGCGCUGAUGCAAGUUGUUGCGCUGUGAAUAAGUCGGACACAAAUCUCCAAGGAAAGGACAAGGAGUUAUUUCCCCUGACCCUCCCCAAAGAGUCGUAUAAAAGCCGCCAGAGUCACUUCCACAGUGACUUAUCCUGCCCGGUCUGUCUGCAGACGGCCACCUCCCCUGUGGAGACCAACUGCGGCCAUUUGUUUUGUGGUUCCUGUCUCAUUGAGUACUGGAAGCAGGACCCCUGGCUGGGAGCCAUUAGCUGUCCCCUAUGCAGACAAAAGGUUCACAUCCUCUACAAUGAUUUGUGUGAAAUCCAGCAAGAUAAGAUGAGCAGAGCUAUCAUGCAGGACAUCAGACAGUAUAAUAAUCGCUUCUCAGGGAAACCAAGACCUCUCACCGACUACCUGUACGACCUGCCAUCACUUCUCCAUCUUGCACUGAGAAGGAUCUUCACUAUGGGUGGACUUGUGUGGAUCUUCUGUCUCCGCAUAGUUGUCUGCUCAUUUGGGGCCAUCAUGUGUCUGUCUCCCCCAUUCGAUGUCAUCACAGACCCUAUGUGCGGGAUCCUCAGCACCAUCGAUGAUCUGGUUGUAGUCUUUCUGCUCUUGAUCUGCAUGAUAAACAUUUGUCAGCAAUUCCAGUCAGAAGGGAUAGCCAUGGCUCAGGCCACCACGCAGAGCAUCUUGUCCGAGUCUUGACCAAAGGAGUCUUCAUCCUCACUAUGACAUUGCAGGACCACGGUGCAUUGUGGUCCCAGAUGUGCUGAAUGUAUUUGAGAUGGACUCUCAGCAAAUUUUUGUUACAGAAUUAGUCAUGAGGACUUUUUUUAUUUUAAUAACAUUUUUAUAAGGAUUUUGGAGUAAGUAGCUGCUCUGGACACUUCUAAAAUGCCACCACGGUGUACAACUUUCACCUCUGGAAUAUGGUCUUAGUUGUGCCAUUCUCCAUCAUACAUAUUUCUAUUAGCAGAGCACAUUCUAUACCUGGGCGUGCAAGAGGGCCUCACUGUUUCUGCCCUGGAGGCAUCUGCAUUUGGCUAACGGUACCUGGAACAGCAUCUUGCAGCCUGGAGAACAUCCCAUGUUGGUGUUCUGUUCUGCUGGUGUUCUUUGUCCUCUGCCAUGUUUCAGCUUGUUUAAGAGACUCCUGUAUACUGAUCCCAUUUAUACAUGAUCCCCGGGUGACCUGUGUGUCUCUGGUCUGACUUCCAUGCUCUACUCUAGUCUAAGUAGACUCCAAAAAAGCUUCCGUAUCACACAAAACAAGGCACACGGGUUGUGUGUGUGACAAUACAACCAGGACAAACAGGGAUGUAUUUGUAUCCUUAUAAACUGCAACUUCUUCCUUUUAUAAUUUGUGUAGGAAAUUUUUAUCAUGGAACCUUAAUUUCACUGUAUAGCUUCAAUAGAAAAAGGAUAUUGUAAAUAUAAUGUCUGCUUUACCCUCGUUUUACUUGAAUGUAAUAUAUGUUACAGAAGGUCUGUAUAUAAACUAUAUUUAUUUCCGGUACCAGUUACAAGUGGCACCUACGAAUAUUUUACAUUAAA